AUGUCUUCAACCUUCCUCUCCUACUGCAACAACAAUGAAGAGGUCAUUGUCAUUAGCGACGAAGAAGAGAAUAAGGUUGAAGGUCUUUUGAACGAAAUUCAGGGUCAUCAUCAUGGUGAAGGACAUACAAACAGACAACAUGAUGAUGAAGAAGAACAAGGCUCGAGUGAUGAUGAGGCUCAAAAAACUUCUUCUUCAGAUGAUGAUAACGACGACAAUGAUGAUCACGUUCAAGUCAUCCAUUCCAUGAUUCAUUCUCAUACAGGUGGUGAUGAAAAUGAUGAAACAUUUCUCUUACAUCAAUUUGUAAUUCGGAAUGAACAAGACCAUUCAUUGGUUGCACUGAACGAUCUUUUGCAAGACAAUGAUUCUAAAGAAAUUCGGAAAACCCAUUCCAUCGUUUAUGGACGUGUCAUACAAGUAAAGAAUGAAUUACCAUCUCAUAUUUGUAUCGACAUGGACACAUUGGAUGGAAUUGAUGCAUUGGAUGAAUGGAUUUCAGAAAAAACAGAACCAGCAAACGCUUCAGAAAAAAUUGGAUAUUUAUUGGAUGUUCGAGUGGAAUAUGAACUUUGCACUCGACCGAUUCUGAUAUUCACCAUCGAUAGAAGCAAUGGUUCGAUUGAAUGUGAAUGUCUUGACCCAUCCGAUGAAUAUAUUGAAAUGUAUGAAAAGGUGUAUCAAAGAUCAUGUAUUUGUCAUUGUCUUAUAGAAAGUAUCAGCACUUAUCCUUUAGGAACUUAUUCAAAAAUCAUGAGUGCAGCAAAAGAAUUUUCUCAAUCUUUAGGUGUUACCAUCACUAAUAGCAUUUUACUCAGUCACUUCUCAUUUAUUGUGAAUCAAUUUUAUAGAUUGAAUGAUCCACUCAUUCUCAAUAGCAAAUUUAUGAUUGAAUUAACAAGUCUCAAACUUAAAGGAGAUUCCAUUGAAGAUGAUCAUCUCAGUAGCGACAAUGAUGAGUUGUAUGAAGAAGAGAAUCAAACAUUCAAAAAACCUUUAACAUUGAAUACAAAGAAACGAAAACAAUAUUCCAACGUUACUAGGAAACAUUUCAAAAGAAAAAAACAAUUGACAAACUCUUCUCCAAAUAGCAAUGACACUCAAUUCUCUCUUUCAUAUCUCUAUGAUUCAUCUCAAAACAAUAUUAUUGGAUUUGAAAUUAAUGGUCAAACCAUACUAGAAGGAGAAUCCAUCUAUAUUUUACCUCAUGAACAUUUAUUUCCUAAUUUUAUGAGAGGAAAUAUUGAUAAGAGUUAUCCCUAUCUCAUUUAUAGAGUUGAAUUUAAGGGUUUAGAAAAAUCAAUCUAUGGUAGGAGACUCUAUCGACACUAUGACAUGGCGUUUAUGUGUUUGGGAAGUGAUAAGAAUAUUCUCACACAUGAUGUACAUGAAUUGAUGAUUUCUAGUGAGAAUGUUAUUGAGUUACCCAUCCAGAACUAUUUCAUUCGUAAAUGUUUUGUAUUUUACUUGACCAGUGCUGAAGAAUUUGUAGAAAUUUCUAAUGACAUUCGUGAACGUAGGGAUGUAUUCUAUUGUAUUAGUUCUGUUACUAUAUCCAAUUCAUUUAAAUCCUAUCAACUAUCACCUAUUGAUCAAUUAUAUAUUACAAGAAUGUUUGAAUUAAUCGAUCGAUAUGCUGAAUAUCUCUAUGAAAAUUUAAUCAUUGAAUUAGGAUGUAAAAAACCACUCAAAGGAAUGGAUGUCUUUUCAGGAUGUGGAGGACUCUCUUAUGGAUUACAUAAGGCUGGUAUUCAAAUAUGUUAUGCUGUUGAUAGUUCCAUAGAUGCAAUUAAUAAUUAUCAAUUGAAUUUUAAAUCAUCCAACACAUUUCAAAAAAACGCAUCUAAAUUCUUACGCAAAAUUAAGAUGAUUAACAAAUUGAGAGAAAUUUGUGGAAUGAACUAUGAAAUGACAAGUGAUGAUACACUGCAUCCUACAAAUGGAACAACCUCAUCUAGGGAUAUUCACAAUACUAUCAAUAGUGAUACUUAUGCCAAUAAUAGCAUUACGAAUAAUCAAAAAUCUUCUUCUACCAUUUUAAAAAUUAAGAAAUUUAGAGUUCAUCAUGACCGAAUGGAAUUUAAAGUCAUUUGGGAUAACACCAUUUUGAAAAACAAGCAAUGGAUUUAUUUUUCUCAAUUACAACAACAAGCCCCAACUAUAAGAUGUUACUUUCAAAAUUUCUAG